GUUUACCUGUUCCUGAACCGGCGCUGCACCUGUCGCGACGCUGAAUGUGGCACGUCCUUAUACCUCGGAGCUUGGCCUUUCCGCUCAACAAAAUGCGCCACUGAUUUUCUCCCGGAUCGAAUAACCUUACCUACACACAAACCCAGCUGUCAGUAAUCAUGAAAAAGGGAGCGUUUAGUUUUUUGGGUCGAAAGAGCCAGUCUCUUUUCGACACCAAUAUUCAAAUCAAGGACAUGGACAAUGUGGAGCUGGUGCUUGAUUCAUCUGCAAUCCCUGAGUCAGGGACUGCCAAGGUGCGGGCCAGACCCACCGUCAAACAUCACACUUCCUCAGCUGACAGUCUGCAAGGCUUUGCUGUCCCAACACCCAAAGUCCCUGUCCUCCCCCCUUUCAAUGGACCAAAGAUCAACGGCUCAAGUGAAGUCAAAGGAGACUGGAUGUCCAAUGGAUCUGUUAUAUCUGUGCCUGACCUGGUAGAGGGAGAGAUACUGGUUCCUCCUCCUCCCUCUAUGGCACCUCCACCCCCUCCAACACAUAAUAUCCUUCCCCCACCAGAUUUCAUGGGUGACCUAGACACUUUAGACUUGGCAACACUUCAUCCACCCUCCAUGUCCCCUCCAAAACCCCCUUCACUGACACCCUCCCUGGAGGAUGAGGAGGAUCUAACCUGCUUAAAACCACCACCUAUGGCUCCUCCAAAGCCUCCCUCCACUUGUUCCAGUGCCUCUGCAUCAUCCUUUUCUACGUCCACCCCGCCACCGUCCAUAAUUCCUGAUUGCCCAAGCUUUUCCCCGCCACAACCCCCCACUGAAAGGCAGAAUAAGACUCAGAAGACUCCACCUCCAAAACCUGUCAGACUGUCAUCCAUACCCAGUUUGGACAACAUACAUCAGGAUCCCGCCCCAGCUCCCCCUGUCCAGACACCCACACCCUCGACUUUCAACCCCCAGAAUGCAGCCAAGCUCUACAAUAUUCCUAAGACCUCCAUUCUCAGCACGCCUGUGGACCGUGAGGCAAGGCCCAAGCAGAUUUUACUCCUGGAGGAUUCUGUGUCUGUUAACUCCUUCCCAGUGCCUAUCCAGAGCAAUGGGCAAGCCUCACCUGUGGCUCCACCAUCCAAGCCUGUCCAGAGAAACAGCUCUGGAGACCAGCUAGAUAAAAACAUACAGGAGUUAAAGGAGAACACACAAACGACACUUCCCUCUCAGUCACCCCUAUCUCAGCCAAAGAGGGAGGCUAAAACCGACACACUUGUUACACAACAGGAAGUAAAGAAACCGCUCCAGACUCCAGGUGAAAUUUCACCAAAGCCAAAGAAAGAGCACAUUGCCCAGGUAAAAGCAGAGGACAGCCGGAUUAAGGUUGAGGCAUCACCCAGUCACAGUGGCAAAUUCAGUCCUAUACUAGAUCGUAAACUAAGGAACCUGAAGAGUAGUGAAAUCAACGGGACACGAGAGGGUCACGCAGUUUCCCCCCUGGCUCUUCUGAUGAUAGCUAAGGAGAGAGAAAAACAAAGAUCUGCUCUGUCUAAUCUGUCUCAUGAAAAUAACACCAAGAAGACUGAGCAGUCAAAUUCAAGCAUUCAGCCCAGUGACUCAAAUCCCAAUUCCUUCAUUGUCAUCCCCAGGUCCACCUCAUCUUCCUCUCUAAGCUCACUAGGCACAAUACAGGAGAGUUCAAAUCCUGUCACUAAUGUGGAACAGACACCACCGAUUCAGACUCCAGGACGACCCAAGAGCCCUGCAUUUGGCAAGGGUGAAAAGGCAUCUACAAAUCCAACUCUCAAUGGGAUUUCGACAGCUGCAUCCACAACACCUAUCAACCUAGCUGUGCAGAAUCAAGAUGUACAACCAGAUCCUUCACAGUCUAAAUCUGCACAGGAUAAGGAUAUUGGAGAGGAGUUAAGUAUGCCGUUACUGCCUCCCCCACCUGAGUUUGCCAGCUUUGAUGAUUUAGAUGAGAUUACAGAGCCUCCUCCUUCUAUCCGGCCUCCUGACCCUCCCAUGAAAAAGGCACCAUCACUGCCAAGUGUCAUUCCUCCCCCUCCUAGUCAGUGCCCACCUCCUCCAACCAAGCCUAAACCCCCAGCACCUCCAAAACUCCCACCCCCAGAUAUGGAUAUCAAACCAAUGCCACCAUCCCAGACGAAGUCCAUGGCACCCCCGACCCAACCACCCGCGUCUCUCUCAGUCCGCCAGGCCACACUCCUAAGCAUUUUACAAAAGAAGAUGUUGGAAAUGGACCACAAAAUAGUUCCCAUGAAGGAGACCGAGUCCAGCACUGACGACUGGAGUUCCCCCUUGUCUGAUGAGGAGACAAAGAUCCCUGAUGUCCCCAGAGCCUCACCGCAGAACAAGAAUCACUUUGUGUCCAGCAAAACAGCAGGCCUGGACAUGCGCGAGUUGGAGACUAAGGUGACCAAGAAACAACAGGAUAAAACCUCAUCAAAAGACGCCACCAGCAAUGGACCACAAUCAAAACAGCAAUAUGGUAUGACAUUUACAGUACGACCAGGAACCAAACAACCCAUUACCCUUGUUAAUAAAGGGGAUUCUUCUUGAGAGGUGUAACUAUGCUAAAUAUUCCACUAUUCAGCCAAAAUUUCUUGGGAAUGUAAAAUGUACUUUUAAAUAGAAAGGGAUUUUUUUUACAGUGAUGCAAAAGCACUUUCACCAAAUGACUUGGACUUUGGCUGCUGCUGUUUAAUCAGUGGAGAGGUACAUAUUGCCUUGUUAAAGCUUUUUAAUCAGUUUCAAUGCUGCAUGGCUAGUCUUCAUUUAUCACAUUAGCCAAGUCUUUCAAUAAAAUGCUUUAAGUUGAAGUUAUUCAUGGCAGUAUAUGGCAAGUGAAAAUGCGAUACAUUAUACGGGAGUUUAUAGAGUAUGAAAACAGCUCAGUUGAUUUAUUCAUUAGUUACUUUUGUGCAUGUUUUGAUAUACUGUACAGACAGCUGUUAUUCUGUACUCAAACAGUAAAAUGGAUUAAUAAUGUAUAAUUCAAUAUUUGUGAUUUAUCCUGUUCUUUCAAUGUUACAAGUAUGUUAUAUAGGUUAUUGUAGUUAUAGCAAGUCAACAUGCAAUUUACAACUUUCCUGUGCUGAGUUCUUCAUAUUUAUGUUUUGCCUUAUGUAUGGAAGUUAUUCUUCUGCAGUAAAAUGGAGUUUUCUUAAUGUAGCUACAACCAUGUUGUUUUGAUGUACAGGUUAUAUCAGUAUCUGUAAGAAAAACAAUUUGAGAAACCACAUAAGAUCCAGUUAAUGUAAAUGUCAGAGUUGUACAAGUACAUAGAUGAAAUACUGUAUCUUUAUUUUAAAUAUUUGUGCAUGCCUAAUUUAAUGUAAGAUGUAACGUAGCAUCCAGCUAUAAAGGCUGAUCCUCUAGAACAGGUUAUCU